GAGAAACAGAAUCGAUAAGAUAAUGUUUUAAAUUCGAAUAUUCAUUAUGUAACUUCUCAAAAUUAGAUACAAACAUGCAUUUUUUUACAUUUCGGACAAAAUAUCUACCAAACUUACAUUUCUCAGUUAAUCACUGGCCGACUAUAUAUACAUUGUUUGUAUAAAAAGCCACUGUUUCUGUUCUCAAGUCUUGAUAAAUUAGAAGCGGCUUUGAUGAAAAAAAUGCACUAUCAAGAACAGAUGGAGUCUCUUAUGUUGGGUGAAGAACGCAGACGCGGAAACUGCGUCAGGGACGCAGACGCUGACGCAGAGGAAGGUUCUAAUUCUCCUUCUUCUUUUCCAAAUUCUCCUGACGAUCCGGACCGUCGCAGUUCUUCUUCUUCUUCUUCUUCAAGGAGAGGAUUGUCAAAACAUUACAAAGGAAAAUCGCAAUCAUUCACGUCGUUGUCGGGAGCGCUAACCGUAGAGGAUCUCGCGAAACCCGAGAAUCCUUUCAACGCAAAACUUAAGCAGCGACGGGAGAACACUCACUGUCGACGACUCUCCGGAUGUGGCGGCGCAUCGGAGCGAAAUUUGAGCGGUCACGACGUUUUCCUCGCCGGAAACGAUAGACCGCCGCGACUUUCCGGUAAUAGACCGCCUCUGAGAGCUCAGACGCUCUCGGCGGCUCACAUGACGGCGUUGCUCACUCGAACCUAAAACCGAAAAGUUUUAGCUUUUUUUCUUUCCUUUCCUAAACCGGAACGAAACCGGGUUUCGUUUGGGACGAUGUUUUUUCAAGCUUCCAUCUUCUGAACUGUGUGUGAAUGUAUAUGAGUGUACAAGUAUUUCGACUCUUUUGAUAAUUUUGUAAUUUUCAGUUUAAUUUAGAAUUACA